AUGAUAUAUGACAACGCCCAGAAAGCAUGGGGCCUGGCAGGAUCGUCGGAGGGGAACUCCAAGGUUCAGAUAUUCUACCAUCCUACUCAUCAGACUUACAGAGUUGUUGCUAGGAAGAUUGUCGACCACGAGAUAGUGAUAAACGCUGCAAUCCUGAAGAACAUAAAGUACAAUCGAGCCACCGAAACCUUCCACCAAUGGAGGGACAGGCAGACUGUGUACGGGCUGAACUUUAUGUCGGCUGAUGAUGCCAAUGAUUUUGGAAUGGCUAUGGAGGGGGUUCUCUUUGCUUUAAACAAUGCUCCCCAGACUCCAGUGGUGAACCAACCGACACCCAACUCCGUUCCUAACUUGAAACCAUUCACUAACAGCAAUGCAUACCAAGAUGAUGAUGGCGGUCGGUCCAACGAUAUCAAUGGCUCCACAAGGAACAUAUACGGAAGAGCAGCCCAAGCACCAGCAUUUGGCACCAUCUCCAAACCUUCAUCCACAGCACCAGCUCGGCCACAACAAGCUGCGCCACAACCACCAUCACACGCGCCUCCGCAACCGCCCCCACAGCCACCAGCGCAGUCACCACCACAGCCACCGCCACAACCUACGUCAAUGCAAGCGCCAACACCACCUCAACCUGCUCAGACAUCACCGGUACCUCAACCACCACCCAUGACUGGAGGGGGCGGUCCACCACCUCCACCUCCUCCACCACCCCCUCCACCACCUGGACCUUCGAGUGCUUCCGGGGGCGAUAGCGGCGGCGAUGGUGGUGGUGGUGGUCUGGCAGCAGCUAUUGCUGGGGCCAAGUUGAAGAAAGUUUCAAAGCCAAAGGAUGAUGGCCCAUCACAAACAGCUGCUUCCUCCUCCUCAUCUGCACCGACCAAUCAGAGCACCCGAUCCAUUGGUGGGGGCGGAGCCGUCGACAUGAUGUCAGAGAUGGCGAGGAAGAUCCAGAUGAGGAAGGCCAAGGCCGAAGCUGCAGGGGAUUCAGACUCAACGACAUCAACACCAUCGAUAACUACCAUAAACACUCCAUCCAACCCUCCUCCGAGCAAGUCGAAGGCACCCCCUCCCUGGGCCGUCCACGAGAAGAAAUCCACCCCCUCUUUCAUUCCUCCAUCUCACCCUCCAUCCAUUCCACUGUCGUCGUCGACGUCACAACUUAAUGUCAAUGACAAUUCAAGCUCUAGGGAUCAGGUUACCUCCUCAUCCUAUUCGUCGUCGUCUCCCAACAUCCAAUCAAACGACUUGGAGUCAUUCAAGCGGCAAAUGAUGAGCGAGAUGAGGGCUGAGCUAAGCAAGAUCAAAGAUGAAAUCAUCGAAGUGAUAAGGAAAGAACUGAGUAAUCGAAGUAACUGAGGAAUGAUGAAGAUGAUGAUGAAAUCAGGGAGUAUCAUGUCAAGAAGAGGCUGAUGAUAAUGUGACACGAUGUUAAGUUGAUGGUUAAUAAUGAUGAUGAUGAUGAUAACCUAUAUAUAGCCAUAUAUAUUUGCAAUUUAUGAGCUUUAAGUUGCUAGGUCACAAUAAAUGUGACUAAUUGAUUAUUUAAUUAAUUAAUUAACACAAAUUAAUUAACACAAAAGCAAUUCUUUUAUUCAUUCAUUCUUUCAUUCAUUCAUUCAUCAUUUUCGUCUUUGUGUAUUAAUCUGGCAUCUUCUGUGUGUAUAUGCAUGACUCAGUGAUUGUUUUUUUUUACCAAUUCAUUCAUUUAUUUUUUCAUCUUUAAAUUACUACUGAUAAUUUUUUUGCUCAUUCACCUUGUCAUUCAUUCAUUCAUCCAUUAAUUCAAUGAUUGAUUGAUUCAUUCAUUCAUUUCUUAGACUUGUGUUCAGAAAUUAAUGUAGUAGCAAAUAAAUAUAUAUAUUUAAACGAAUGAAUGAAUGAAUGAAUGAAUGAAUGAAUGAAUGAAUGAAUGAAUGAAUGAAUAAUAAUUGUCCCUGUUGUUAACUAACUACAAAAAACAGUGAUUAAAUGUUAUUUUAACUUUAAC